AUGGACUAUAGUAGUAGUAGCUUAGUUCCUGGAAUAGCCGGACGGUAUAUUUGCGCGGGCACACUAGUUCCACACACAGAUGCACAUCGCCGAAAAUCCAGAUAUUAAGAGAAUAAUUGGCUAAUUUCGAUCCGCCCCAACGCUGAAGUAAUGACCAUGCCGAAUGGUUUGGAUGACCAGGAGAAGCUGCUGGCCGAGGCCGUUGGAGCGGCGCGGAAGCAGGCCUUCCAGAUGAACCACUUCCUGGACAAGGAGCGCAUGCUGGACUCGCUCAAGUGCGCCAGCACCAUGCUGAGUGAGCUGCGCACCUCCCUGCUGUCCCCCAAGAGCUACUACGAGUUGUACAUGGCCGUGACCAACGAGCUGUGCCACCUGGAGCUGUACCUCAGCGAGAAGAGCGACAAGAAGACGGAUCUGUACGAACUGGUCCAGUACUCGCACACCAUUGUGCCCCGCCUGUACCUUCUGAUCACCGUGGGCAUUGUGUACAUCAAGAACGACUCCACGCUGAAGCGCAGCAUCCUCAAGGACCUGGUGGAGAUGUGCCGCGGCGUCCAGCACCCGCUGAGGGGCCUCUUCCUGCGCAACUACCUGCUGCAGUGCACCCGCAAUAUCCUGCCCGACGUGAUGGUGGCGGAGAACGAGCACGAGGGCAACGUGUACGAUGCCAUCGACUUUGUGCUGACCAACUUCGCCGAGAUGAACAAGCUGUGGGUGCGCAUGCAGCACCAGGGACACUCCAGCGAGAAGACGCGGCGCGAGAAGGAGCGCGAGGAGCUAAAGAUCCUGGUGGGCACCAAUCUGGUGCGCCUGUCGCAGCUGGAGUCGGCCACUCUGGAGACCUACCAGCGGCUCAUCCUGCCGGGCAUUCUGGAGCAGGUGGUCAGCUGCCGCGAUGCCAUUGCUCAGGAGUACCUCAUGGAGUGCAUCAUCCAGGUGUUCCCCGACGAGUUCCACCUGCAGACGCUCGACCCCUUCCUGAAGUCCUGUGCCCAGCUGGAGACCGGGGUGAACGUGAAGAACAUCAUAAUAUCCCUGAUCGAGCGACUGGCUGCCUACAACCAGCGAAGUGGCAAGACCAGCGGCAACGCCAUCGAUGCCAUCAUACCCGCCGAGGUGGAGCUGUUCGAGGUGUUCAGCGUCCAGGUGGCCAACAUUGUGCAGACCCGCAUGGACAUGCCUUUGGAGGACACCAUUUCGCUGCAGGUUGCCCUGCUAAGCCUUGCCCAGAAGGUCUAUGCCGAUCGCGUUGACUAUGUGGACAAGGUGCUGGGCACAACCGCACAAAUUCUACAGCGCAUGAAUAUGAACAACAUCUCGCAUCUGCUGUCCGUGAACCAGGAGCUUUCGCGCCUCCUGCGCAUCUGCAUCGACUUCUACAACAACGCCUUGACCAUCAUCCAGCUGCACAACUUCUGCCCGCUGCUCGAAAAGUUUGACUACACCUCCCGCAAAUCACUGGCCCUGUAUUUGGUUAUGAAUAUUCUGGACAACGAGACUCUGGUUACCACGGCUGAUCAGGCGGAUAGUCUGCUGACGAUCAUCACGCCGCUAAUCAAGGACGAUGACACGAACAAAGACGGCGCAGCGGCAGCUGGAAACACAAGUCCGGAUGCCGAGGAGUUUGCCGAAGAGCAGGGCGUUGUGGCACGUUUCAUUCACUUGAUGCGCUCUGACGAACCGGACAUGCAGUAUAAAAUGCUGCAGACCGCCCGCAAGCAUCUGGGAAAUGGUGGCGGACAACGACUCAAGCAUGUCCUGCCUCCACUCGUCUUCGCCGCCUACCAGCUGGCCUUCAAGUACAAGGCGAUCGCCGAGCAGGAUGAGAACUGGGACAAGAAGUGCCAGAAGAUCGUGCAGUACUGCCACAGCACCAUCAGUGCGCUGGCCAAGGCCGAUCUCGCAGAUCUGGCUCUGCGUCUGUAUCUCCAAGGUGCCCUGGUGAUUGGGGAGAUCGGCUAUACGAACCACGAAACGGUGGCGUACGAGUUCAUGACCCAGGCCUUCUCCCUCUACGAGGACGAGAUCUCCGACUCCAAGGCCCAGCUGGCAGCCAUAACGCUCAUUAUGUCCACCUUCGAACAAAUGUCCUGCUUCGGCGAGGAGAACGCCGAGCCGCUAAGGACGAAUUGUGCGCUGGCCGCCUCCAAGCUGCUGAAAAAGCCUGAUCAGUGUCGGGGAGUGGUGGCCUGUGCGGCGCUCUUCUGGAGUGGAAAGCAAAAUGGCGAGGAGAUGCGAGAUGAGAAGCGAACUCUGGACUGCCUGAAGAAAGGCGCCCGCAUUGCCUCGCAGUGCUUGGAUACUGGCGUGCAGGUGCAACUGUAUGUGGAGCUGCUGAAUCACUAUCUCUUUUACUUUGAACGCGGCAACUCACUGAUCACCGUCGCCAUGCUUAACCAGCUUAUCGCCAAGGUGAACGAGGAACUGCCCAACCUGGAGCCCAGCGAGGAGACCAAACAAAUCGAGAGUCAUUACAAGAACACUCUGGCGCACAUACGCAGUCGCAUGGAAUCCAAUGACUCGACGCUGGAGGUCUCCUUUGCGGGCAUCACACUCAAUUAGCCCGGGCCAACCACUUCGGACACCGCCAGCAAGCAACGAAGAGCUGAGAGCCUGCAGGUCGACCGGCCAGGCACGUUUUUAUAUUGCUAGUUAUCAGCUUGCAGCUCGUAGACCGUUCGUAUCCAAAUCGCUUGUGUGAGAAAUGAAAUUCCAUGGUUAGGAAAGUUGUGGGCCUUCGACCAACUUUUGUUUUGUCAAUUUGAUUUCGAUCGUAAUCGUAAGUGCAAAGUAAACACAUUCUUGAUUAUUUCCCCCAUUUAUUUAGUAUGAUAGCUACGCGUAAAUAACCCCAAAAAAGGAUCACUCUAUUUAAUCCCCCACCCUACCGUACCCUAAAAAAUAAUGUGAAAAUAUUGUUAAACAAAAAUUAUACAAUCUUACAUACCAUUAUCGAAUUGGUUCAUGAAUCGCCACGCGCUACGUAUAAAUAUGUAUUACAAAUAAAGUUAAGAGCAAACUGUUUUCGCCUGGAUGUGUGGCCUGGACUUAAGUGAAUCAAAACUCGUCAUCGAUAAACAUGUAAAGUAAUUCGUUUAUUAAAAAUAUAUAAGCCGACUAACCGUCAUCGGUCUAUCAAUCA